AGACGUGCACGUGCUGACGCGCUUUUACGUGAUGACGCAAUUUUUGCCUCGUUGGAGGGUGAUUUCAUCAGGAACAGCGUUUCAACACAAAGAGAGAAGGCACUUCCUAUUUGUUGUAUAUGUCAACCUAUCUUGUUACGGUACAACAUCAACUGAGAUGUCAGUAAGCGAGGAUAUGGAGAAUGCAGACCUUCUUGGUCUAAUAUUCCCAGAUGAAGACCCAGGAUCCGGUGAUCUGUUCCUCACAGAGGGGAAUAACUUGCUGGAUGAUUUGCUUUCAGGGCAUGAUAUGCUGGAUGGAAUGGAUACAGAGGACUUCCUCAGCAGUCUUCUGGGUGAGGGAGAGGAUGGUCUGUCUGUCAACUACUUGUCUCAGUCUCCUCAUGGCAGUGACAGUGGCAUCUCUGAGGACACCACCCCCCCACACUGCCAAAGUCCACAUGAUGGCAGUGAGACAGACACCAUCCCCAGUCCAGGCCUCGAACCCCUGCUUUAUUCCGAGUGUGUGACGGAGAGCUACGAGGCGCAGGUGGUGCAGACAGACCACUGUUACACCCUCCCACAGGACACAAACGCCCUGCUGAGUGUCCGCUCAGAGAAUCCCGAGUCCGAUGUCUUAAUAGAUGUUGAUGAUUUUGAUGUCAGUAUGGAAGACGACUUCUCCCCUGAGCCACCCUGCUCAUAUAUGAUUGAAGAAUCCACACAGAAUAGCAAACCAGACCACCAGUUCCAAUUCAAGGAGAUUGUUUUGACCGAUGAGGAGAGGAGACUUCUGGCGAAAGAAGGUUCAACCAUUCCAACUCACAUGCCUCUUACAAAGGCAGAGGAACGGACCUUGAAGAGGGUGAGGAGAAAGAUCCGGAACAAGCAGUCUGCUCAGGAGAGUCGCAAGAAGAAGAAAGUUUAUGUUGAUGGUCUAGAAAACAGGGUGGCGAUCUGCACUGCUCACAACCAGGAAUUACAAAAGAAAGUUGAGAUGCUGCAGAAACAAAACAUGUCCCUCAUUGAACAGCUAAGAAAACUGCAAGCUAUGGUGAAAAUGUCCACAAUGAAAACCACCACGACCAGCACUUGUAUUAUGGUGUUCCUGCUUUCUUUUUGUCUGAUCAUCUUCCCCUCAGUCAAUCCUUUUGGCAGCAGCAAUCAGAAAGAGCUCUAUACGUCAUCUAAAUCAAUGUCCCGAUCCCUGCGGUCUUUCCCAGCUAUCAUGAAAGAGGACUAUGCUAAAGAGGUGCCGGAUCAGGAUGUCCUUCUACUGCCUGCUAUAGAGAAUAACCAGGUGCUGCAGUCCGGCGGUCAGAACCACACACCUGACUACCAGCGGGUGGAGCAGUCUGACUCUGAGUCUGGUGUCAACAGCAACUCCUCCUCGGACUUCCCCACCACUGCCCAGUCAGAUCUCAAAGCGGACGGAGCUCUCUCAGAGUCUCACAGGAACUCCGCAGCGUCUCCGGUGAUCUACGACGGGCAGAGCAAAACCAAGGAGAGCUGGAUGGAGCAGAAACCCACGUCGGUUAUAAUACAACAGCACCGGUCAGAUGAAAUGUAGGAAAGCAUCUAAAACGAACCUUGCUUUGUUUUAGAUAAAAGAUUCAGUCUAGCCAUUUCUCUUCAUUGUAGCAUCACAGUCUGACCAUUUUUUAAUUUUUUUUAAAAUUUUUUUACAUGGAUCUACUGUCAUGCUAUAAUAGCACUUUUUCGAUAUCCAGCCAUUAUUGUUUAUUUUCAUCUGCACCAAUGAUGUUUCUUUUUCAAUGGAAACGUGAAGGAGUUAUAUUGUAUUGAACUCUGCAUUGCGUCCCCAUUGAGUUUUAGUACAUUUAGGGAAUGUAUUCAUUUGUCUGUAUUACUUGAGACGUUUUAGGACAUUUGGGCAUCUAGUAAAAUAUUAUUUUCCCUUUUUUAGUAAGGGAACCACAUGCUUAAAGAGAUUCCACUACUGAAAAAUGAUCAGUCAUAGUGACAUGGGAGUGUAUUUAGAAAAGGGAAAAGAAAUUUUUGAUGUAAAGGUUGUUUUCUGCUUGUGCAUUAUUUGUGGCUUAGAACCCCUUCCGUUAAACCGCUGUAAAUUUAGCUUUAAAUGUACCUUUUAGAGGGGGUAUAGUGUUGCACAUAUCCACACAAUAAUAAUAAAGUGUUUAUGUCUAUAUAUGUAUAUACAUAUGAAACAAAUGUCAUGAUCUGCUGUGUCAGAGAAGCAUUUUUACGUCAUUUUUGAUGUUUAUAUUUUGUUUCGUCUCUUGAAAGACUUAUUUUAUUGCAGUCUUUUUUAUUGAUUUCUUUCAAUCUUUGGUCAUAUGAUGCACUGAUGUGUCUAUAAACUUGGAAUGUUCAUAAACUGUUUAUUUCUGUCUUGAUCAUGUUAUUAUUAAUUAAAAAUGAUCAGUUUACUAUAAA